CAAGUUUGAAUAAUAGAUUGAAACCAAACGAUUGAUUCAGGUUUGAGAUUUAUUCCUCUAACCUUAACACUAUUCUAUGGAUCGACUGGCAUCUUUUGGAAAUGAUCCUUUUGAUAAGCCACCAUGCAGGGGCUGCUCAUCAUAUCUUACUGAGCCCUACAUCAAAUGUGCCGAGUGUGGACCCUCACCAUUCCUGCUAUGUCUUCAGUGUUUCACCAGAGGAUUUGAAUAUAAGAAACAUCAGAGUGAUCACAAAUAUGAAAUCAUGACAUCAGACUUCCCUGUACUGGACCCUGGAUGGACAGCACAAGAAGAGAUGGCCCUGUUGGAAGCAGUUAUGGACUGUGGUUUUGGAAACUGGCAAGAUGUGGCUUACCAGAUGCGCACCAAGAGCAAGGAGGAGUGUGAGAGCCACUACAUGAAGAACUUCAUCAAUAAUCCUCUGUUCUCCUCUACCUUGCUCAGCCUCCGACAAAUGGAGGAGUCUCGUUCUGCAGACAGUGCGAUUCCCUUCAAAUCUACAGAUGAUCCUCCUAGGCCCACAUUUGACUCGGUGCUGUCUCGGGAUAUGGCUGGAUACAUGCCUGCCAGAGCAGACUUUAUGGAGGAGUUUGACAACUAUGCUGAGUGGGAUUUGAAAGACAUUGACUUUGUGGAUGAUGAUUCAGAUAUCCUACAUGCACUCAAGGUUGCAGUUGUCGACAUAUAUCAUUCAAGAUUAAAAGAGAGACAACGCAGGAAGAAGAUAAUUCGAGACCAUGGACUAAUCAACCUGAGGAAAUUCCAGAUACUCGAGCGAUGCUACCCAAAGGAAGUGCAAGAACUGUAUGAUGUCAUGAGACGAUUUGCAAGAGUAGUUGGGCCUAUUGAGCAUGACAAAUUCAUCGAAAGUCACGCGUUGGAAUUUGACCUGAGGAGAGAAAUCCAUAGGCUGCAGGAGUACAGAAAGGCUGGGAUCAAGUCUUUCUGCAGUGCCAAGGUUUAUGAGCGGGUGAAGCGAGUGCGGGAGGAUGAGCAAAGGAAGAGAACCAUGUUGUGUGAUGUGCUACAGUACAUCCAGGAUGGCCGGGCAUGCCAGCAGUGGCUCAGUAAACAGGCUGCAAUAGACGCUGGCAUCACUCCUGUUGUUACGACCAUCACCAUGUCAACAACAGGUAGAAGAAGCGCCCCUCCCCUCAACCUGACCGGACUUCCAGGAACCGAGAAGCUCAAUGAGCGUGAAAAAGAGCUGUGCCAGGUAGUACGGCUGGUUCCAGGGGCCUACCUGGAAUAUAAGCAGGCCCUGCUUAAUGAAUGCAGGCGGCAGGGUGGCUUGAGGCUAGCACAGGCCCGGGCUCUGAUCAAGAUUGAUGUCAACAAGACACGCAAAAUAUAUGAUUUCCUUAUCAAGGAGGGCUACAUUAAUAAGGCCUAGGGCCACUGGAGGAUGUUCUGUGACUACAGAGACGAUUGGAUUCCAGUUGGCGGUACAUGUUUUGUGUUUUUGUUCUUUUCACUGAUGUUGUCAUUGUGAUAUUAUGCUCUAUUUUGUCCUGAUGAGAGGUUUCAUCGCUGCUGCUUCCACUGCAAGAUUUGAACACUUGGAUCAAUCUUGUAUGAACUUACAGGAGUCAUAAAACCAAAACUAAUCUCUUUGCAAUUUCCAACAUCUUAGAAUCCCACACAAAAUGUCAUCAUUUCGCCUGUAAUAAUAAAAACACAUUUCCAU